GCAUGUCGACUUAACUCCGUACACGCUCACUCCGUCGCGGCAAUUCCUUUACCACCAAAGGCUGCGUACGCCAAUCGAAGAACGGAACUGACUCUGAGUUGCGUAACUGCUAAUUCAUUGCAGCUCAUGAGAUAAGCACUCGCUGCUCUUCGCUCAUCGUCCAGUCUUCCUUGCCUGACGAGGUGCCGUGAGUUCCGCCAACUCCGCAUCAUCACCCAUCAUGUCAAGACUUCUCCGACAAACGGGCCAGCUCUCGAGGCUGGUUCGGAUCACCCAAACUACAACUAUACAACGCAGCUUAAAGGCCGCCGUCGCCGCGCGAGCUGCAGCACCCUAUUUUGCAAUCCCUGCCAGACCCAACCAAGUGCUCUUCUAUUCUUCGAAUACGCCCAAGCCCGAAGACGAUCGAAAGGCAGAGAGCAAGACACCCGAAGAAAGCAAACCCAAGUCCACAGAAGCAGAGACACCGGCAACUGAAGAGUCCAAGGUCAAACUAGCGCCCCUUCUCCCUGGCUGGGUACGCUUAACCAAGGAUGAGAUUGAUCAACUGGCUGCAUACCAAGAUCGCCUGCCUGAUGGCCAAAAAGAGUUUCUUACGGAUGCCUUGAGUGCGCUGAGCGAAAUUGGUGCCCCAGAAGAUCUGCGUUCUUUCCUCCAGAAGCUGAAGAAGGGUCCGGGCCAUAUCGGUAUUCUGGACAGAGGCCGCCUCCUUCGAUCUGUCUUCCAAGUAGCCGAGCGAAUGGCUUGGUGGGAAGUAGAGAAGAAGAAGACCAGUGGUGAAAUGUUUACACAAAACGAUCAGCCAACCGACCAAAAUGCCAACGCUGAGAACAGCAGUAGUGCCAACAACAACUCCGGAAACAACCAGGGCCAACAGUCCUCUGGACAAAAUUCGAACCAAACGCCACCCCCCAACCCGCCAAAGAACCCGAUCAUGGAUAUCAUUCAAACUACAAUUGUCCUCGGUAUCACGCUAUGGGCCUUCAACAGCUUGACUAGCCCUGCCAGCCAGACUGAGAUUACUUGGCAGGAGAUGCGCAAGAACUUCUUGGACAAGGGUCUGGUUAAGAAAUUUGUUGUUAUCAACGGUACUAAGGUUCAGGUCGAGCUGCGAUCCAGCAGUGAAGGUGUCUCUGACUCAGGCGAGAGAAAGUCGUACACAUUUACCAUUGGCUCUGUGGAGUCGUUCGAGCGCAAGCUUGAUCAGGCACAGAGCGAACUCGGUAUUCCUUCGGCAGAGAGAAUCCCUGUCAGCUAUGAAAGCGGUGGCAGCACCCUCGGUAAUAUCCUGCUCGCCUUUGGUCCCACGCUUCUUAUUGUUGGCUUGAUUCUCUACAGCCAGCGCAGCAUGGGAGGUCGCGGUGGCGCAGGUGGUAUGUUCAACUUUGGCAAGAGCCGUGCGAAGAAGUUCAACGCCGAAAACUCUGUUAAGGUCAAGUUUGCCGACGUUGCUGGCAUGGAGGAGGCAAAGACAGAAAUCAUGGAGUUUGUCAGCUUCCUGAAGCAGCCGGAGAAGUUUGAGAAACUCGGAGCCAAGAUUCCUCGAGGUGCUAUUCUUGCAGGACCCCCUGGUACUGGUAAGACCCUCCUGGCUAAGGCUACUGCCGGCGAGUCUGGUGUUCCUUUCUUCAGUGUCAGCGGUUCGGAGUUUGUGGAAAUGUUUGUUGGUGUUGGUCCGUCCCGAGUGCGUGACCUCUUUGCCGAAGGCCGCAAGAACGCGCCUUGCAUUAUUUUCAUUGAUGAAAUCGACGCCAUUGGCCGAGCUCGUCAGGAGAGCCGUGGUUUUGGCGGCAACGACGAACGUGAAGCUACUCUGAACCAGAUUUUGACUGAAAUGGAUGGCUUCAACACUAGAGAGCAAGUCGUUGUUCUUGCUGGUACCAAUAGAGCCGAUAUUCUUGACAAGGCUCUGAUGCGUCCUGGCCGUUUUGACAGACACAUCUACAUUGACCGUCCCACAAUGAGCGGACGUAAGGAGAUCUUCAAGGUCUACUUGAACAAGAUUGUCACCAACGAGGACCAUGAACAUCUGGUUGGACGCCUGGCCACGCUUACUCCCGGCUUCUCUGGUGCGGAUAUUGCUAACGUGGUGAAUGAGGCUGCCCUCAUUGCUGCCCGUGGUAAUGCCGACGACGUGAAGAUGGAGCACUUUGAGCGCGCCAUCGAAAGAGUGAUUGGUGGCCUUGAACGCAAGUCGCUGGUGCUUAAGCCUGAGGAGAAGAAGACUGUCGCCUACCAUGAGGCUGGCCACGCCAUCUGCGGUUGGUUCCUCCAACACGCUGACCCUCUUCUCAAGGUGUCCAUCAUUCCCCGUGGCCAGGGUGCCCUUGGCUAUGCCCAAUAUCUACCCCAGGAUGCCUAUCUGAUGAACGUCAACCAGCUCAUGGACCGCAUGGCCAUGACAAUGGGUGGCCGUGUUUCUGAAGAGAUGCACUUCCCUACCGUUACAACUGGCGCUAGCGAUGAUUUCAAGAAGGUAUCCGACAUGGCGCGCAACAUGGUUACUCAAUGGGGCAUGUCCGAAAAGGUUGGCCCUAUUCACUUUGAAAACGACCCCAACCGCGUUCAGAAGCCGUUCGCAGAGUCUACAGCCCAGCAGAUUGACCAAGAAGUACACCGUAUUGUGGACGAAGCAUACAAGCGAUGCAAAGAUCUUCUCAUGGAGAAGAAGAAGGAAGUUGGCAUUAUUGCCCAGGAGCUGUUGAAGAAGGAAGUCCUUGUCCGUGAUGACAUGGUCCGCCUUCUUGGUAAGCGUCCUUUCGACGAUAAUGCGGAAUUCGAAAAGUACUUUGGCGGCAGCAAGGAGGAGAGCUCACCACCUCCCUUCCCUCACGAUCCCCCAACCACACCCCCUGCCCCUGCUUUCAAGGACCUGUCUUGAAGCUGCGGCUAUGCGCUUGAUGCGUAAUAUACAUACAGCAAAACCUUGUAAAUCAAAAAGGUGCGCCGAUAUACAAAACAAACAAAAAGGAAGAAGACAAUGGGGGACGUGGAGAGUGGGAUGAAAGCGAGGGAACCAUAGCCGUAUGCCCCUCCGUGUAUUAUGUACAGUAUUUUGAGCAAAUUCCUGGUGUUGGAUGGUAUCAUCAGGGGUUAUUUUUCUUAUUUAUGUCCUUUUCUUUGUUAUAGACCUGCGGAUUAUCAACAUCUGAGUAGCGAAUGAAAACACUCGACUUAUCCAGAAUAUAAAAUAGAACAAUGAUUAACUAUAGUUAUUUCCUUAUAAUAAAACUAUGAUGUCAUAUUGCGCCUGUUGCGCCUGUUAUAGCCGCC